GAUGGAUCACAUAGAAAUGGUCAGAUGUGAGUCAAGGAAAUUAAAUCUCACUUUGGCAUGACAGUGAGGUGCAUGUCCUCACUCCCAACCCUGUAAGAACCCACUGCUUUUACCUACGUUUUAGUAGUUUUCUCAACAAUACAUCACUUCAGUGUAGUGCUUCACCCGGCACGCGCCACAACUGUCACUGAGGGAGCCGGAGGUUUGGCAUCUUCUAACAUCAAAAAUCCCAAAAGUGGAGAGAUGUCUUUGCCAGAUUGGAUAAGGAGCUUCAGGUUUACGCUGUCCCUGGUCGUCUUGGUCUACUCUGUUGCUGAAACACAGGCCGCUACCUGCACCUCAAGCCAGUUCCUGUGUGGUAACGGGAAGUGUAUCACCUCGCGAUGGAUUUGUGACGGCUCCGAUGACUGCGGCGACGGAAGUGACGAGCUACCUGGUACCUGCCAGAACAAGACGUGCAUGCCAACCGAGUUCAGCUGCGGCGGACGCCUCAACCAGUGCGUGCCCUCCGGCUGGCACUGCGACGGCAAGAGCGACUGUGAGAACGGAGCUGACGAGACUGGAUGUGCUCCAAGAACGUGCUCCGACGGCGAGUUCAGCUGCAGCAGCGGCCAGUGCGUGGCGCUAGCCUUCGUGUGCGACGAGGAGCACGACUGCGAAGACGGCAGCGACGAGACCACCUGCCCGACGCCCACCUGCCGCCCCGGCUCCUUCCAGUGCAACAACUCCAAGUGCGUGCCGCGUCUGUGGGCGUGCGACGGCGACGCCGACUGCCCCGACGGCUCGGACGAGUGGCCGCAGAACUGCGCCGCGUGGCCGCGGCCACCCACCAGAGCGCCCUGCUCGGCGCUGGAGUUCCACUGCGCCAGCGGCGAGUGCGUGCACGGCACCUGGAAGUGCGACGGCGGGUCGGACUGUUUUGAUGGGUCGGACGAGGUCAACUGCACACACGUGACCUGCCGGCCAGAUGAGUUCCAGUGUAAUGACGGCACUUGUAUUCAUGGCAGCCACCAGUGCGAUGGAGACUAUAACUGCAAAGACCAUAGUGACGAGAUGGACUGUCUGACCAGGGUUUCCUGCGACGGCCCAGACAAGUUCGAGUGCCGCAGCGGCGAGUGCAUCAGCAUGGACAAGGUGUGCGACAGAAACCGAGACUGCAGGGACUGGUCGGACGAGCCUCUGAAGGAGUGUGGUACCAAUGAGUGCCUGACCAACAAUGGAGGCUGCUCCCAUACCUGCAAUAAUCAGAAGCUCGGCUACGAAUGCCUCUGCCCUGCUGGGUUCCAUCUGGUUGGCAAAACGCAAUGUGAAGACAUCAAUGAAUGUGACGAACCUGAUACCUGCAGUCAGAUGUGCAUCAACACCGAGGGCAGCUACAAGUGCGGCUGCUCCGAGGGCUACGAGAUGGACGCCAUGACCAAGGAGUGCAAGGCCAUUGAAGGCAGCAUUCCCUACCUGUUCUUCACCAACCGUCAUGAGGUGAGGAGGAUGACGCUGGACAAGCGGGAGUACACACGCCUGAUCCCCAGCCAGAAGAAUGUAGUGGCCCUUGACAUGGACAUGCCCAACAAGAAGAUCUUCUGGUCCGACAUGACCCAGAAGAGGAUCUACAGCUCUCUGAUGGACACGGCUGGAAACCCCUCCCAGCACAGCACGGUCAUCGGCGGCAACAUCGCGGCUCCGGAGGGACUGGCCAUCGACUGGAUCCACGGCAACAUCUACUGGACUGACAGCGCUUUCAGCACCAUCUCCGUGGCUACCACCAGUGGCGCCAAGCGGAAGACCCUCAUCCAGGACGGCUUGCAAAAACCCCGCGCCAUUGUGGUUGACCCGGCAACCAACUACAUGUACUGGACUGACUGGGGAACUCCAGCCAAGAUCGAGAAGAGCGGUCUUAACGGCGCGGGCCGUGUCGCCCUGGUUACAGACAACAUCCUCUGGCCCAACGGUCUUACUCUGGACAUGGUGAGCCAGAAGCUGUACUGGGUGGACUCAAAGAUGCACACCCUGUCCAGUAUCAGUGUGGAGGGAGCCGGUCGCCACACGCUCAUUUUCAACGAGGAGAAACUGGCCCAUCCUCUCUCCCUGACCGUCUUUGAGGAGAAAGUGUUCUGGACGGAUAUGUCCCACAAUGCUAUUAUGAGUGCCAAUCGGCUGACAGGAAAUGACAUCACCAAGAUGGUGGAGGGUCUGCACUCGCCCGAGGAUAUUGUGCUGUACCACAACCUGAAGCAGCCUGCUGGCAAGAACUGGUGCACUGAGGCCAACCUGUCGAACGGGGGCUGUGAGUUCCUCUGCCUGCCGGCCCCAUACAUCAAUGAGCACUCGCCUAAGUACACCUGCGCCUGUCCUGAUCACAUGAUCCUCUGCCCUGACAUGAGGAAGUGCAUAACAGCACCCCCUAUGACCACGAAAGCCCCAGCCACCGAAGCGAAGCCUUUGCCCAAGAUCCCCCCGAAGCAGCCCACCGGCACCGCCAGGCCCCUCAGAACCACACCUGCCUCCCCCACAUCCAAGGCGUCCGCUCCUCGCAAAUUCCCGGUGGACCCAGACACCAACAAGGUGGAGGAAACGGCCACCAAGACAGAGAUUCCUUCACAAGAAGGCACCAAUAAUGGAUACGUUGCUGUUCCCAGUACUGGCAAAUCCUCCCCCACUGCAUUGUACAUCGUGAUACCAAUAGUUGCCAUGUGCCUGGCUGUCUUUGGUGGCGCGCUGGUGUGGAGGCACUGGCGAGUGAAGAACACCAACACUAUUCACUUUGACAACCCCGUCUACCAGAAGACCACUGAGGACGAGGUGCACAUCUGCAGGAAGAACAGUCAGGACGGCUACACCUACCCCUCUCGGCAGAUGGUGAGCCUGGAUGAAGAUUUUGCCUAAUGUCUACAAUGUUCGUGGGCUGACAUUUGAAGGAAAACGAAGUUCAUUGACAAAUGCUGCUUAAUGUUACAUCACUUUAAAAUCUCUCUCCCUUCCGGGGAGGGGGAUAACCUCAUCACUGUGGUACCCGCUCUCCAGCUGCAUGACACCCCAGACGUCCCAAACAAAAACUAAGAAAUCCAAACUUCAAAUUGAGGCCAGUGUGAGCUAUUUUUCUUUAUUCUUUUAGUUGUUUUUUUGUUUUCUUGUUGUUGUUUUUUUUUAUACUACCUGAUGGAAAGAUCUGAAGACUCAGAAUUCCUAUGAAGGAAACAUGCACCGACAUGAAAAUAUUUACAAUUACAGAUUUGAUGGAACACUUACAAAAAUGGUAAAGAUCCUUGGAUCUACUUAGAGCUGGAAUUGAGCGACGUACAAUGAGCGACUUUGUCACACCCGGAGAUAAUUCUAGAUUGAAGAUUGUUACUUUUUGUUCGUUCGAUGUUAUCCUUUACUCCUAAGGUUACAAUACUUUUUGAAAGGUGUCUGAAGGAGCAUGACUUGCACUAUAUAAAUGUCCCAUUUUACACGCAAACCGAUUGUUAAAGAUCUUCAUAUCCAGUGAAGGCUCUUGUUAAUAGUUAUCAAGAAAUACAGGUGGAUGAAGUCAGUACUUAUUAAAUUAUAUUAGUGUAGGCGCAACUUUGCACUUCUCAUUUUGUAAGGUACAGGUUUGGAAAUCUCACAAGCCUUAAGAACUCCUUUCCAUUGCCCCUCUCCUUUACGAAGACUCUCUGUGAUAUCCUCUGCAGGUUGUUAGAUCUGUGCCUUGUUUUCCACAGUCCAGCAUUCGCUUUCCAGUGUGGCAUUAUGUUAAGUGUUUCUCACGCCAUUCAAAGCGAGCUUUAUGACCAGUUUACUCUUGUGCCUACCCCUCUGGUGUUCCACCUGACCUCAGGUCAGUCCCACCUAACAGUUCCUUCCCUCAGGUGAGAACACCUCAGUGGCUGUUCGGAGUGUGUAGUUCUGCUUUGACACACUCAGGGCUUUUGAGUUAGGUCCAGUUUCACGCUUUUUUUUUGUGUUUUAUCCUUUUAGACUGCAAUGGGCUAGCAUACAUAGCUUCAUACAUAGGGAUGUCCACCAGUGAAGAAAUCAGUCCAUUUUAUUCCUUGUUUGGGCUUGGUGAUCCAUUCCAUAACGUGUAAAUUAUAUUCUAUGCUAUGUACGAAUGAUAGCUUUGAUAACCUCGACGUGAGCUGACAUGUUGAGAGUGUGUAAAUAUGUGUAAAAAGUCAUGUAAAUAUGUACAUAAUUUGUUGUUACCCAGUUCAGUGUGGUGGUAUGUUUAAAAACUCAGAUGCUGUACAUAAGAAAAUCUGGUUAUUUAUUGUCCUAUAUAAUAAUAAUGUUGAUUUUUUUUUUUUCUAUUUCCUUAUUUUAUGUACAGUUUGUGUUGAAUUUCUGGUCUAUGAAUGGAAAAACAGUUGCUCCCAUCUAAACUCCCAUACUAGUCCAUUUCCAUUCCGUGAAGACAAGCCAUUUAAACAUAUUUACUGGUGAGAUGCAGUCUGAUGACAGUUUGUAGAGUGUAAAUAAAAUAUAAAUGCACACAGGAUUGUGAGUGCCUGCUCACAGUCUUCAGCCUUCCCUACAAGCUAACGUUGGUUCACAAUGUGUCUUAGUGAAUGCCUUAAAGCCGCAUAUAUUGUUACCUGGCAAAGAUGAGAAACACAGCAAUGUAUUCCCGAACACUAACAAUGAUUGUGUGAGUGAAGAGUAUUUUGUGUGGUUGCCUGGUUUGAUCGAUCUGUGAAUACCUGUGUAUUGUCGUCAGGGUGUUUACUCUCUCCAGGAACGAGUGGCCACCAGACAUGACGUCUGUUGACCUAUUACAGAAUACAUUGCUCUGUUUUAUCAUGGUCCGGUUCAGUGAAGGAAAAACUACAUCCAAAGUUGAAGUCGUAGGUUGUAUCAGUUUGGUUGUUUGUAUGAUUGUUUGUUUUGUUAAAUGAUGAAUAAAUCAUGGAAAAAUUA